CCCAGGCCGGAAGGCCGGGGCUCUGGGGCUGCGCAGGCGGGACCGGCCGGGGCCGGUGUAGGGCGGCGAGGACGGGCGGGGAGCGCCAGGCCGGGAGCAGCGGGGCCGCCAGGAUCCCGGUCGUCGUCCCACCGGCCGCGGCCUUCUCCAGAGCAAUUUGCAUAUUUCCCCGAAGAACCCUCUGAAGCUGAACAGCCUGUCCUUGGACUUAGAGAAAGGGCCGCCCACGCUGCUUCUCCAGAGUUGGCAGAAUGAAAGCGUCUUCAUUCUUCAGCAAGUGUGUUUGAUACCUGCAGUAUUCUAAGGCAGAGAAAGUGAGGGGGAGAAGCAAGGACAUCAUCUGCUCUGAGGCUUACAUUCCGUGUGUACACACAGGGCUGGGAAUGGCCACAUGGAAAAGGCCACAUCUCAGGCAGCCUCCGGCAGCAGAGCCAGCUACAGAAGGGGAGUCCCAGCAGCCCCUGGGCCGAGAGCUGACCGAGGCCAACCGCUUUGCCUAUGCUGCCCUCUGUGGCAUCUCCUUGUCACAGUUGUUUCCAGAACCUGAGCAAAGCCCCUUCUGCACAGAAUUUGUGACAGGCCUGGUAAAAUGGCUGCAUUUGUCUGAAGCUGUCCUCCCCACCAUGACUGCCUUUGCCAGUGGCCUGGGAGGUGAAGAGGCUGACAUCUUUGCUCAGACUUUAUUGAAGGACCCCAUCCUGAAAGGCGACCCGUCAGCAAUCACUCAGGACCUGCUGAGCUUCUCACUCAAGGAUGGUCGAUACGAUGCCCGGGCCAGAGUCCUCGUUUGUCAUGUGACUUCCCUGCUCCAGGUGCCUAUGGAGGAGCUUGAUAUACUAGAAGAAGCAUUCCUGGAGAGCCUGAAGGACACCGGAGAGGAGGAGUCUGAGACCGCAGAGGCAUCCCGGAAGAAAAAGGAAAAACGGAGGAAAUGGAAACGCUAUCUCCUGAUAGGCCUGGCUACCGUUGGAGGCGGGACAGUGAUCGGUGUGACUGGGGGCCUAGCUGCCCCCCUCGUCGCUGCGGGAGCCGCAACAAUCAUUGGCAGUGCUGGGGCAGCCGCACUGGGCUCGGUGGCUGGCAUAGCUGUUAUGACCUCACUGUUCGGCGCGGCUGGAGCCGGCCUGACAGGGUACAAGAUGAAGAAGCGGGUCGGGGCCAUUGAGGAGUUCAUGUUUCUGCCUCUGACGGAAGGCAGGCAGCUACAUAUCACCAUCGCCAUCACUGGCUGGCUCGGGUCCGGCAGAUACCGCACAUUCAGCGCCCCGUGGAUGGCCCUAGCCCGCAGUCAGGAGCAGUACUGCCUGGCCUGGGAAGCCAAGUACCUGAUGGAGCUGGGCAAUGCCCUGGAGACCAUCCUCAGUGGCCUCGCUAACAUGGUGGCCCAGGAGGCUCUCAAGUAUACCAUGCUCUCUGGUAUUGUGGCUGCCCUCACCUGGCCAGCCUCCCUCCUCAGUGUGGCCAACGUCAUCGACAAUCCCUGGGGGGUGUGUCUCCAUCGCUCCGCAGAGGUUGGCAAGCACCUGGCACACAUCCUCCUCUCGAGGCAACAGGGCCAGAGACCUGUCACCUUGGUUGGCUUCAGCCUUGGAGCCAGAGUCAUCUACUUCUGCCUACAAGAGAUGGCUCAGGAGCAAAAUUGCCAAGGCAUCAUUGAGGAUGUGGUCCUUCUGGGUGCACCGGUAGAAGGGGACCCCAAGUACUGGGAACCAUUCCGGAAGGUGGUGUCUAGGAGAAUUGUCAACGGCUACUGCAGGGGAGACUGGCUGCUGAGCUUUGUAUACCGAACAUCAUCUGUGCAGCUCCGGGUCGCAGGCCUACAGCCUGUACUGCUGCAGGACCGGAGGAUGGAGAAUGUGGACCUGUCCUCCGUGGUCAAUGGCCACUUGGACUAUGCCAAGCAAAUGGAUGUCAUCCUGAAGGCUGUGGGCAUCCGCACCAAGCCAGGAUGGGGUGAGAAGGGCCUCCCGCUGGCCCCUGGCAGCCUGCCCCAAGAAGAACCUCUCCCGAUAGCCACAGUCUCCACAGAUGAGACCAUCCACCAGGACGAGAAAACUCAGGAACCUGUCCCAGGAGAAGACAGUCUCAAAACCACCAUACCUUCCAGUGCCAGCCAAGCCCAGGUGCCAACAAGGCUGGACCAAUCCACAGAGGCCUUGCUCCCUACUCCUGCCACCCCUGCAGAGGGACCCCGGAUCUGCAGCCACGGUGUGGGUCCCAAUCCACUGGGAUGCCCUGACUGUUCCCAUGGGACCCAGGAAUCCUGUGCAGAGCUGGACUGACCCCAGCAGGAGCCUGAACUACCCCUCCAGACUUCUUCUGUAUGCAACGUCCUCUAAGCUUUCAGGCUCCCAGAGAGUUCUGGAUGUGGGGAAUUUCCACAAGUGCCUUUCUUAAACUGGAAGGGGCUAGAAUGGAGGGUCUAGGGAGAAAACACUGGCUCCCUGAGCAAACACUGGCAAUAGAACCUGCCAAGUCAACCCAGCUCUAGAUCAGUGUAAGCUCCUGCCCUCCAGGUCCCACCCAGAGGCCCAGAAGUCACUGUGGGACUGGAGAUCCCCAUGCUCCCUUUUCUCCAGUCUCAGUGGAACCAAAGUUCUGCUUGCUUCUACUCCCCAGGGCUGCCCACCAGCCCCAGACUCCACCAGUGGGUCAUGUUUGGGUGCCAAUGAGAUAGUUUCUUCUCUCAGCCCAGCUUUGUCCAGGACAGAUGUGCAGGCUAUGCAUAACUGUGGAAGUAAGUGAGACAUAGAUGUGACAUGUGGUGCCCCAUCCUGAACUUGAUAAACACGGUGACCCUGGACAGAACCAUAUCAAGAGGAAUAAAGGCAGAAUUUGCAGUCAGCACAGUGAGAAUGGAGCCUGGUGGUUGGUGAGGAUUACACAGGGAGGGAACAAUAAACACUGAGUAUUUAUCACA